AUGUGGUCCAUCGUACUCGGCUCAAACAGACGAAUUGGCUAUGAGAUUUUAGACCUGGACUUGGAACAGUCUGAGUUUUGUACUACUGAUGUUCUUUCAGUCUCUCCACGUUCUUCACAAUUUUCCAUACAUCAUAAGAAGGAGUCGACGUUCUGCGGUCCAUUUGAAUCGCUGACGACUCGUAAUGGAACUAUGCAAAAUGGUCGCAUCUUUAUCAGAUACACUAAUUCCGAGGAGAAAAAUAAGGGCUUCAAAAUGCGCAUUUUUGAAAUAUCCGAGGACUGCAGUUCCGAAAACUUGUUUGUAGAUGAAGAAAAUUUCAGUUGUGGUUGCGAUGAAUGCGAUUGGCUUGAAAUCCGUGAUGGACCAACGGAGCAUGCUCCACUUAUUGGCAGAUACUGUAACGUCUAUGCACCGUCUACAAUAUAUUCUACGGGUAACUUCCUGUUUGUACGAAUAAGGACGGAUUCGUAUGCUGCUAGUAACGGUUUUACCGCAAUCUACGAAUUGGCAUCCUGCGGUGGUACGGUAGUACUUCGACCUGGAGUCAACCAGACACUGACAUCACCAAAUUACCCAGACGUCUACCCACUCAAAUCUGAAUGUGACUGGUCUGUACGAACACCGAAUAGCCACAUGGUGGAGGCUAAAAUUCUACACAUGGGUCUUACGUGGAAUGUCAAUUGCUCCACGGAUAGCCUAGCAAUUCGUGAUGGAAACAAAACAGCCCCAUACCUUCUUGAACCACAAUGCAAUGGUCGAUAUCUGAACAAAGUUGACUAUCGCUCGGCUAGCAGUGAAAUGACCGUGCAGUUCAGGUCAAAUGGAACUAUACAGAAAGCUGGCAGACAACUAUGCAAGGAUAAGAAGUGUGGAUUUGAGAUGAUGCUGAAAGUUAGCAAUGAAUCUUGUGGUGGAAUUAUUACUGACCAAGAGGGACAGCUUACAACCCCUGGUUACCCAGGGCGAUUGCUGCCUCAUGUCAGGUGCGAAUGGGAAAUGCGUGCUGGCAUUGGCUACCGUUAUCUUUUAUCUUUCGAAUUUUUGGAAAAUCGCGAUGGUUUCUACCAGAAAAGAUUUGGUGGCGAGACUGAUGGGAAAGGAUGUUUUGCAGAUCUGGUGUUCUUCAAUGGCAAACCGAAGCACGAAGCGAUAAACUAUAGGAAUGAUCGCCUAUUCUGUGACUAUAGGAAGACAUUUGUGAGCGAAGCAGAUCUGUUGACUGUAAUGUGA